CUGACACGAAUUUGGGAGCGUGGAAACACUAAAUGAAAUAAUGAACUUGUCAUUCGAAGAACAAAGGAGGGCGACCCAGUUCUAGUUGGAUUUCGAUUAACGCAACAUAAUAAUUGACAGUCGAGCUAAUGGGCAGGAAAUGAGAAUAUAUAGUGAUCUCUGAUCAUGUUAUAUCGUAUUAGACACUUUCCCGGCCUCAGAACAGCUUAGCAAAGUGAAUGCGUGCAAGGCCGUGGUGGAUUUGACGCAGAUAUCUAAUUAAGCCCAGUCUACGCGAGCGAGCGGAGAAUUUCUGAGAAGAGUUAUGGGUAAGCGAUUUAUUGGAGCACUUCGUUCUGUUUGAAAAUAUUUGGUCGAUUUGGCGACCUCUAUAUGUUUGCCGCCAUACGCUAUCAGAUCUUGGUAAAAGAGCGCUGGUAAACACAGCGCCAAUAACGGAAAGUCUUGGAAGAUUUAUAUCUAACAAUGGCUACUGUAUUACCCACUAUCGGCUCCAGAGAGACGGCUGUGAGGCUUCAAACUGGUGUGUCCUGUCUCGAUUUUAUUCAAAACAUUUACGCUUAGCUUUAGCGUUGAGGAACCUCGCGCUGGCUGAAAAUAGCAUAAUUGUAGUUGCAGCGGCAGCGUUUAAGUUACUUUCUCGCUAAGGAUAGUACUUCAAUUAAUGAAUCGUCCCGAUUGUUUAAGAAGAUUGAAGGUUCAAAAUUUCUUCAAUUUUAUACCAUAUUCAGUUAGCGAUUAGUAAUACGCGAAAGCGCAGUUUUCUUUGGAAAAUUUUUCGCCAAAGUAUUCUCGGUAAUAAUUACGUGAUAUUUUUUUAUUUUCCGUUCUCUCAGCCAAGAACAUUCUUAUUUAGCGAUAAAAUGUCGAGUUGUUUCCCUGAUUACUAUUAACAUUUUUCUCUAGCCACAGAAAAAUUUGAUUUUCACAAAGAGCCCCCAAACAAGCGAUUAUGCGGAGGUUGUGGAUGCCCCAUUAAUGAUCGGUUCCUCCUCAAAGCUCUCGAUCGCUACUGGCAUGAAGACUGCUUGAAAUGUGGUUGUUGCGAGUGUCGGCUUGGCGAAGUGGGAUCCACAUUGUACACGAAAGCAAAUUUAAUCCUAUGUAGAAGGGAUUAUUUGAGGUGAGUAUUUACAUCAAAUGCUCUUUUAAAAUUUACUGUUUAUUUUAGCGAUUUGGAAUUCUAUGGUCUCGUUUGCAGACUUCUUCCAUCAAACUAAAAUUUCGUCUCCAAUUUGUUUGGUUAAAAUGAUGACAGUUGACACGAAAGUUCCAGUAGAGAAUAUUGCCUUCAAAUGGGCGCAUCUAUUUGGGAAUUCAUCACAAGAAAUAGUUUUUCUUCAGAAGUAUUUAAUGGGAUUGAGCAGAUUACUUUGUUUUUCUAAGAUUAAAAACACUCCGUUUUCUCUUUAGCUCGACACAUUAAAGAGCAACUUUUUCACAUUAUUAAAUAUACUUCACUUGUGCUUGUCAAGAAAUAUGAUCACACAUUUCAAUACUUCCGUCGAUUGCUGUCAGUCCUCUUCAAAAUAUUGCCUAGCCUUUUAGCGGUGAACUCUAAUGUACAUCAAUUAGUAAAUAUUCCAUUAAGAGUGCUUUUAGUAACGGAAAAACACAGCGAUCAGUCUAAAGUGCCUUGUUUGCAGUCAUGUUUUAAUGAGUUGAAAACGUUUUUUCCGGCAGUCAGUCAGUGAGUUGACCUCUCGUCUCUCCGGAUAUGAUUUUUCAUCCACUUGGCUCGGAUAAAAAGAUUACUUACUGUUUAUACUGUCUCUCUUAGGUUGUUCGGAACAAAAGGCUUUUGUACAGUGUGCUGUAAAACUAUCCCUGCCUUCGAGAUGGUGAUGCGUGCGCGAGAAAACGUGUAUCACUUGGAGUGUUUUUCUUGCCAAAGAUGCCAUCAGAGGUUUUGUGUCGGGGACAAAUUCUACUUAAUUAACAACAGAAUUCUGUGCGUUGAUGACUACGAAGAGAUGAUGGCCUAUGGGAAACAAGAUACCAAAAGAUUUAUUGUCUAGUCCUGGGAAAAAGUGAUCUUAUUCAUCAUUCUUGUGGAAAACGCCUUCGUGAUAGCACCUCGCUACACCUCAUUUUUCGAAUUGUGCGCGCACUGUUCUUCAUUUCACCACUUUUCGGGGUUAAUGUGAUUUUUUUAAUGACCCUUCGUUUGGCUGCUGAAAAUUAUAAAAUCAGUCCUGGAGCCUCUUUCUGUUCGUUUCCAUUCAGAUUUUAAUAGCUCUUGUCGUUUAAUGGUUCUCUAGUGGUUUGUUUUAUAUUAAUUCAUUUUCAUUUUCCCUUUUAUUUUUUUAACUAUGGCUUCUCAGCAGUUUACUGGUCUGUCGUGCGGUCCACAUGAUCAAUUCCACACUCUGCUCUGCUAAUCAACGAUCAGUCUGGGCGCAUCAACAAAAUAAAAUUCGUGCUUUAUAGAUAUUUUAAUUAACCCCCGGAUAGUGACUUUUGAUAUCAAAUUUGACAAGCAUAUGGGAAGGCUACUUUCCUUCAUUCCUGGAGUCUUGUCGGAAGCUAGGAAAGAUAAUCUUUAGCGGAUAGAGUACUUUGAAGGGGAGGCCUCUGGUCCUUGAAUUUUAACAACGACUAAGAACGCAACACUCGCAAUGGACAAUCUGGAAACUAUAACUCGGAGCAAGGGUACAUCUCGCAGAUGUCUGUAACUAUAGACGGAAAAAGUCAGAUUUGCCUGUGAAAUACAGCAACGACACUAACAAGACACCAGCACAAGAUUUUAGGGAAUUAAUAAAACAUUCCAAGAAUUUUAUGAAUAAGCUUAAUUUGUGCGAACAUAAACCUCUUCCGUUGCUUAUUCUCAUACCAAACCUUUUAGGACCUUUUCAAACUUUGCGACUGAAUGCCAGCAUAAUGAGUGGUUGAUGUCUGGAAUAUUGUGUGCGUGACUCAAUAAUAGUGAAAAUGGUUUGAAUUAGCUUAAUGGAUUGCAUUGAAGAUUUUCUAUAAUCACGGCUGGCUUGCACCAAGUGAGAAAGAUGAUUGCGUAAAUGAAGUGCCAGUAAGACGGAUAUUGGCGGAAGAGCACUCACUUAACACGACGUGAAUUUGUUUGUGGAAUGCGAUUAUCUAAAACAACUCUCACUUUGCACGAGAUUCAACAUGAAAGCUCGUGUACAAUGAAACAUACGUUACAAAUAUUUCACAACAAUUUAAGCUCGAUGGCAAACAUCAUGGAACGAUAGUCCUACAGAAAAUAAAGCUGAGAUAACUAUUAACGAUCGAUCAAUCUAAUUUGACAAGCUAAUUGAAGUAUAAAGUGCUUGUCUGCUGCCAAAAAGAAAAUUGCUUAGAUCUUUUCGAAACAAAAGUAGAGUAUCUUUUUACCAGAGGGAUGUCCGGAAUUUUUUGCGGCGCGAGAAUAUUUCGAAAACAAAUUACUAAGCGGUUUGCUCUCUCGCAGGAUCGAAGAACUCGCACGGAGGGCAUUUUCGUCUUUCAAUGUGAGAUCGCAGAACACUAUCGUGUUGCAGAUUUCCUGCCUCCGUUUCUUUUUGGUUCGUAGUUCUUUUGUUUGCGCUUUAUCGGCGGAAAAUUUGAGCAGUGCUCAAUUCAUUAUGCAAUCAGACCUCGACAAACGAAGGACAACAUCCCGGCGUGAGUGGGCGGGAGGCUACCAUCUCACUUGUUAAUUUUCGACUAGUUAAUUUCAGGUUCAUUAAAAGUCCCAAACAUUAUUACUGAUAGCAGAGUGAUUGCUUUAGAAAAUUUUAUCAUUUCAUGGAUAAUAACAUUAAAAACAAUUUCUUGUGAUUAGGAAACAAAACUCACGCACAGGACUUCUCUGUUCCAAUUUCUUCAACAUACGCGCAGCAGAUUUCCUCGAUUUCCCAGACUGCGCGUCUCGACCUCAACAAUCGUUUGUUUUUCAUUAAGCUUUAAAAGAAAAUAAUUACACAUACUGUUUUCUUAUGAAACCGCCGCGAUGGCUAUAAUCGUUUGUUCAUUGCGAC